GAUGGCAGACAUGCCGCUUGUACCGUGAUAGUAUGGAAUCGUAGGAGUAUAAGUUUUAGGUGUGUCUUUCUAAAUAUCGAACUAUAAUGUCUCCCGAAAUUUUGACUAAAAUCUUUUACGAAUAUUUCGACAAUGUGAAGCAACGUUCUCGCGUUUUGUGCGCUAGAUUUAGGUAACGUUUGUGCCGAAACAUAUGUAAGACGGUGAUCGAAAUCAUUGUGUUUUUCGGUGUAUCGUGUACGAUAAGUAUUCUAGUUUGAUGUUAAAUUAAAAUGUGGAAUAUGAUGUGCGACGUGAUGCCCACGAUAUCUGAAGACAGUAUUAGCCAAAGGAGUUCGCAGUUCUCAGGCGAGGACGCAAAUUUUGAGCAGCUCAUGGUGUCUAUGUUGGAUGAACGAGAUAAAUUAGUCGAAAGCCUGCGAGAGACGCAGGAGCGUCUCGGGGACACGGAACUGCGGCUUAAGGAUGUGGAGAAAGAGCGGGACUCGCUGCAUCGGCAAAUCGCAGCCAACUUACCUCAGGAAUUCGCGACCCUCACGAAGGAGCUCAACCAGGCACGAGAACAGCUCUUAGAGCGGGAAGAAGAGAUCUCAGAACUCAAAGCGGAGAGAAACAAUACCAGGUUACUCUUAGAGCAUCUAGAAUGUCUAGUGUCACGACACGAGCGCUCACUGCGCAUGACGGUGGUGAAGCGGCAGGCGGCCGCUCAGUCCGGUGUCUCCUCCGAAGUGGAAGUUUUGAAAGCGCUGAAGAGUCUAUUCGAACAUCACAAGGCGCUCGACGAGAAGGUUCGAGAAAGACUGCGGGUUGCGUUAGAGAGAAAUACAGCGUUGGAAGAAGAAUUAGCGUUAACCAAAGAAGAAUUACAGCAAUACAAAGCGUCUGGCACACAAGACGGGGAAAAGCCCAAAGAGAAUGGCACAGCUACAACAGGCUCGCCCGAACAGAACGGCGAACAGCAACAACCUAAGGAGAUUAGUGUUAACGGCGAAACGGAGGGCAAGAAACUCACUGAGCUCCAAAACACGAUCGCCAAGCAGUCAGCGGAACUAAGCUCGUGGCAGCGUCGCGUUGCGGAGCUUAACAAUAAAGUGACCGAGUUGGAAGAUAGAUUGACGAAGGGUGAGAAAGAAUUAGCGAAAAAGCAAGACGAGUGCGCUAAGUUACAACGCGACCUGAGAGAAAACGUGGCGCAAAAGGAAGACCAGGAGGAAAGGAUAGCAACUCUUGAGAAGCGAUACUUGAACGCUCAACGCGAGUCCACGUCCCUGCACGACCUCAACGAGAAGUUGGAGCAGGAACUGCAGCACAAACAGGCCCAGCUCAAGCUGCAAGAAGAGAAGAUCGCGGCCAUCGAGGAGAAGUUGGAACUCUCCACGCAAAAGUUGGCUCAGAUGUCUUCGUUGCCAGAAAUGGAGGAGCAGCUUAAAGCGAGAAUGGAAGCGCUCAGCCAGGCUCAAGAAAGACACGGCUCGGCUGAGGACCGCAUCCAAAGGUUAGAGGCGAACGUGGAAGAGAAGAAUGCGGAGCUAAUGAGACUCAACCAGCGAUUGCGGAUGAACGAGGAGCACAACACUCGGCUGUCGGCCACGGUGGACAAACUGCUUUCCGAGUCAAAUGACAGAUUGCAAGUUCAUCUCAAAGAGAGAAUGCACUCACUGGACGAAAAGAACGCGCUCACCCAGGAGUUGGAGAAGACGCGGAAGUACGCAGACGAGCUGCUCUCAGAGAAGGCGGAGAUACUGAAGGAGCUGGCCAAGUGGAGGAUGGAGACGGAGCAGCUGAAGCGGCAGAUGCUGCAGGCGGAGAUCGCCUUCAACAUCCAGCAGACGGACGCGCUGACGCGCUCGCUGUCGCCCGCCGCGCCGCCGCCGCACGCGCACUUCCAGCCCAAGCUGGACGGGUCGUGGGAGAAGCUGCAGCAGGCGCACGUGCUGGCCGGCGUGCAGGCCUUCGACGUGUCCAGCGACGCAGAGAACGACGAGUCAGAAGGCGCCGAGGGCGGACACACGGACGCCGCGGCCCUCGCGCUCAUGCUGCAGGAACAGCUGGACGCCAUCAACACGGAGAUACGCCUCAUACAGGAGGAGAAGCAGAGCACGGAGGCGCGCGCGGAGGAGCUGGAGUCCAGGGUCAGUAUCCUCGCUGCACCGGCCGCCCCGCCCCCCCUCGCCAGCCCCGCACUAACGCGUCGUGACCCGCAGGUGGGCAGCUACGAGCACAUGAACGUGGUAUCGCGCCGGGCAGAGUCUCCGCCCCCCGCCGCCUCGCCCUCCAGGCCCAACCACCACAAGUACCACACCCUGCAGCUGUGCGAGGACGCGGGCGCGGCGGGCGCGGCGGGCGCGGCGGGCGAGGCGGCGGAGGCGGCGGGCGGCGCGGCGGGCGCGCGCGCGCUGCGGCUGGAGCGCGCCGCGCGGGCGCUGCACGCCGAGCGCGACCGCCUGCGCACGCACUACCAGGCGCCCUACGACUCCUCCAGCCAGGAAUCCCUGGGUGGGGUCAUGGCAUCGAGCAGCGCCGCAUGGGGAGGCGCGUCCCCCGGUCUGCCCAGAGGGGUCUCGGCCGCGGCCUCCGCCGUUUCCAUCGCCUCCAUGCACCAGCAGAAGAAGAGAGGUAUCAAGAGCUCGCUGGGAAGAUUCUUCAGCAAGAAGGAAAAAGCGGGAAUGCCGAUGGCGCAGGGGCAGAGCCCGCGCUCGCUGUCGUCGGCGUCGUCGCUGGGGCUGGCGGCGCUCGGCGACGACGACGCGCACGCACACGCGCCGCCGCAGCACCAGGACUACGCGCGCACCAAGACCAAGGAGCGCGACUACCGGCACGAGCUGCUGGGUGAGGCCAUGCGCGCCGGCACGCCCUUCGCGCUGUGGAACGGGCCCACGGUGGUGGCGUGGCUGGAGCUGUGGGUCGGCAUGCCGGCCUGGUACGUGGCCGCCUGCCGCGCCAACGUCAAGUCCGGGGCCAUCAUGUCGGCGCUCUCGGACCAGGAGAUCCAGCGGGAGAUCGGCAUUAGCAACCCCCUACACCGGCUGAAGCUGCGGCUGGCUAUACAGGAGAUGGUGUCCCUGACGUCCCCGUCGGCGCCCCGCGGAACGGCGUGUGCGGCGCUCGCCUUCGGGGACAUGAACCACGAGUGGAUCGGCAACGUGUGGCUGCCCUCGUUGGGCCUACCUCAAUAUAGAACGACGUUUAUGGAGUGUCUGGUGGACGCGCGGAUGCUGGAGCAUCUCACGAAAAGAGAUCUUCGGACUCAGCUGAAGAUGGUCGACAGUUUUCACAGGACGUCGCUGCACUUCGGCGUGGCGUGCCUGAAGCGCGUGGGCUACUCCGUGCGCGCGCUGGACGAGCGGCGCCGCGCGGCCGAGCUGGUGGCGCGCGACGUGCUGGUGUGGACCAACGAGCGCCUGCAGCGCUGGCUGCUGUCCAUCAACCUCAAGGAGUACGCCAACAACCUGUCCGAGAGCGGCGUGCACGGCGCGCUCAUCGCGCUGGACGAGAACUUCGACGCCAACAGCAUGGCGCUGGCGCUGCAGAUCCCCACGCAGAACACGCAGGCGCGACAGAUCCUCGAAGUGGAGUACAACAACCUCCUGGCGACCGGCACGGAGCGGAAGCCGCGCCCCCCGCACGACCACGCGCCGCCCUCCUGACACCACACCAUCAACUAGGCGUCCCCCCGUCCCCCCCGCCGACGCACCCAGCUCGUGACGUCACGUGACGAGGGGAACUGCGGGUUUGAAUGGGUUGCGUAAAUGCGACGCGUACGUGCUAUGAAAACAUACGUCAGGUCGUUCGUGUGGAUGGUGACAUGCGCGGUUGAAUUCUUAUCGGUUUGUCCAUCGGAGAAUUAUUCGAUGUGGAUGAGAUAUCAUUUUAUGUGUUACUGAGGAAACGUAAAGUUAAAACGUUAUCACAAGUUUCGUUGAUGUAAAUUGAGCUCACGAUCGGGAAGCCAGUAAAGAUUGUAAAUAUAUUGGUUUAUUUAUUAUUGUAAUUUAUUUAAUGUAGGAUUGUGCAUGAUCGCCGGAUAGGGAAUUGUACCGCUAAAUGAAGUAAGUCUCCGAUUGUAUGAAGUUUGAUAAUGUUCGUGGUCGGGUUGUCCUUUUGUAAUAUGGCAACACGCUUAGACACAAUAAAUAGGCAAUAUGAAAAUUGAAAUUGGUCUUGCAAGACAAUAAAAUAUUAACGUUAACAUUUCUCCAUUAUCUAGUCAAAUUUGAAUAAUACAGAUCUUUUUCCAAGCUAAGGUGUUGCCAGAUUUUUAAGAGAAAGUGUUGUUACUACAAUAAACUCUCGUCUGUGUAUAAUAACUAUUGAAUAAAAAUCGUUGUAGCGUAACGCUUUAUAUUAUAAUAUAUUUAAUUAAUGGAAGUGCUCCGAGGGUAGUUUUACAAUGUACUUAACGUGUAUUCCAUAUUAUAUUUAUUAUUACUGAUAAUGAGGAAACUAAGGUAAGGCUCUGCGGUGUGUGUCGUGCGAGAUAUAUUAACAGAUGAAAAAAAAGCGUUCCGAUUUGUUUAGGAAGAAAUUUAAAAUUUUUCAAAACUAUUCGUUCGUCCUUGUCAAAUUCUCGACCUCAUUGUUUGUCCUGUAAAGUUGAAUCUUAAGUAUUUUGCAGACGGUAUGCACUGUAACAGAGUCGGUAGUUGGAAUGCGACGAUAAGUCUACCAAGUGCCUCGCCGAGGUCAGUGUACAUAUAGCUUUACAUAGAAUAACGUGUGCCUCUCUGUUCGACCCAUAAUAAUCUUUAACUAAUGUACUUAGUAAUAUACAUCUCUUAAAACGAAACUUUAUAGAAAUUUUCUUUCACAUUUCAUGUUACCGUUAAUGUGCUUAUUUAAAAGUUGUUAAGUUGGACAGUGCUCAGAGCAGAGAGCAUUGUGGACGUGACACGAUAAUCGAAAUCGUAAAAUCUUCAUAACAAUUGCAAUAAUAAUCAGUAUAUAAUAUUCUUAUACGACGCUCGAGGCUCAUACUCGACGAUUAUAUAUAUAAUACUAAAUUAAAAAAUGAUCACAAUGAUUAUUUCUUGUCACCUCCAAAGUGCCUUCUGUUCUGGAUCGUAACUGUUUUGACAGUAUUUUUGUGUUCAGUAUAUUCUUAUGCAUUUACGGCUUAGAGUAGAUCCAUUUAUAACUCCCGCUAGUGUUACGCACAGACGGCACACACAUACUAGUCUCGUGUACAGUGUUACUACAUCGUUUUAUAAUCUUCUAUUUUAUUAAGUACCUUGUAGCGACAUGGAUCGUAGCUAUGGUAUAUUUUGUUAAGCGUUUACAAAUGGUGUUGGACGUGUAGUUUGCGAUUUGCAAAUAAUAGGGCUCGGCGGAGGUGCUGUUGCCAUCGAGACACGUGACUACAUUUCUAAACUGACAAUAAUAUUUGAGCGAGACACAUCUGACAAUGUCAAGAUGACGUAAUCUUAAAAUGUUACCUCUGGUAAAAACAUAUUUUUAAUUGAACUUCAAUACUCAACAGUUCCUCCGCCGUCCUUAGCUCGAUUGUAAUCCCAAUAGCUAAUGAAAUAAAGUAUAUAAUUAUAUAGCUAACCGAUUUUACUUUGACGGAAUCUUUAUUAGUAGCGAAUACGAUGUAAAUAUGGUUUCUAAAUAGCGUUUAUAUGGAGUAGAUAUGAAAUGUAGCAAUAUAUAGCUAGGAUGUGUUCAAACGAAGUUGUUUAGUUUAUUUCUAUUAAUUUUAUGCUUAAUUAAUUAUUUAUUAACUAGACAAUUUAAGUUAUUGCUAGCUGGCAACACUCGACGAAGCUACACCUUUUUCAAUGAAUACCUCAUUCGUGUAUGACACUAACGGUUGUCGAAAUCACAAUUUUUAGUACUUUUUUAAUUUAGCGCAAAGGUUAAGGGGCGGAGGCGCCUUCCGCCAGGAGUUCCAGUUCCAGUGACUUGUAUAUAAUUGUGACAGUAUUAUAAAGAUAGUGGUUCGCUUGUCUGAUGGGAUGAUAUUAGAAUAAUUGUAACCGAACUCGACGGCCCCAGUCGUCGAAGUGAUCACAGCUGAUUAGGAGCGAUUUGUUUAAUGUCGAGUUUAAUAAGUUUUCGAUUCGUCCAGUAUUGUCGAUGAAGUUUGUCGCCAGUGUCGGGGCCCGUGAAUUACUAAUUUACCGAAAUUCAAAAAUCUUAAGCGUUAAAUUACUUUUUUAUUAUUCACUUAAAGAAAUAAAGUACGAUUUACUUUAUUGUUUAUUAAUUAUUCUGAUAUUUUAUUAAUUGUAAAUUGAUUAAUUACACACAAUGUUAUCCUUUGUGUAUUUACGUUCACGGGUCCUUUUUAUUAUUAGUAAAUGACUUUUGAUAUCAAUAUAGAGGUGGCUUAAUAAUCGUGACAUGCGAGUAAAAUAUUGUUUGCAUACUUGUAGAAGAACAAAGGUGUGUCCGACGCGCGGCGUCUCGAUAUCAUUGGUACACAUCAUUCGUUUCAUUAUAUUAUAUAAAGUUUAUAUAGCGACUACAUAAAGUUUUAUAUGCGACUGUAACGUGUUUACGAGAUAUGAAGUUACUCGUUAGAUAGUAGCUUAUCGGUGUAGCUGCAGUUUUGUAUUGGACCCGCUCUCCGAAACUCCACAAGUGCCAACUCUAGACGGACGCGGCUCAGACAUUCCACUCGUGCGACGCUCGCGCUACCAAAGAGUAAAGUUACCUUCACAUUAAGGAAUUAAUGUAUCAUAGGAUUCUAGUGAAACUAAAUUGUCGAAUGUAUAUAAUUUUGCAUAUGUGUUAAAUAGCUUCGUAUAGUGGAGAGUAUUUAAUUGAAUUCGUACCGCUAGUAUUCCAUCCUGUGACGUACGAGCGGUAACAUUCCAGGCUUUGUGUAAGUUAUCGCUUUCCGCCCUCGCCUAUGACGUCGUUACAGGUAUCCGUGACACAACAGGGCAUCGCGUUAUGUCGAAGUGGAAAUUGUUAUUGUAGGCAGUGAUUAUUUUGACCAAUGUAAUCUGAACUAUGUAACGUUUGUAAAGACAUUUACUGAACGUGCGAUGACGACAUACGUUAUGCAUUAUGAUAAGAGGUAAAUACAAUUUACACGAUACUAA